GCGCUUUCGGGCCUCGGAAGCUUCCGGAGACAGGAGACAACCAGCCGCUCCCCCCCCCCCCCCCUCCCCCGUGCCCUAGACAAAGAGGAAAGGUACGCCUCCGGUUCCAGAGCGGAGAGGAUUGCGCCGCCUGAUUGGCGAUUGCUGAUAGUCUGCCGCCAGUGCCCUCGCCCGAUUUGCUCCGCCGAGAACAACAUGGGGAGAAGCUAUAAUCACAGUCCAUCGCCACCAAGAGGCUACAGGAGAAGAACUCGCAGCCCAAGUCCUCGUGGUCGGUAUGGAGGCCGUGAUACUGAUAGGGACCUCCCAACUAGUCUUUUGGUGAGGAAUCUUCGUCGGGAUUGUAGGCCUGAUGACCUUCGUAGACCAUUUGGAAAAUUUGGCCCCGUUAAAGACAUAUAUCUGCCAAAGGAUUACUACACUCGACGCAAGUCUUAAGAGUACUAUUGAAGAAAAGGAAGAAAUAGAGGUUUAAAGAGAUAUGCAAGUUAUGAAGAGUUUCAAGUGUAUCUCUAAACACUGAUGACUGCAAGGGAACCUAGAGGAUUUGGGUUCAUCCAAUACUUUGAUCCUGAGGAUGCUUCUGAUGCAAAGUACUAUAUGGAUGGGAAGAUGCUGCUUGGAAGGGAAAUUGCUGUUGUUUUUGCAGAGGAAAACAGGAAGAAGCCUUCUGACAUGAGGGCCAGGGAAAAAAUAAGUGGCAGAGGCCGUUCUUAUGAUGGGAGGUUGCGCUCAAGGUCACCUGGGUUGAACGGUUCUCCUAGGGGUAGAUCACGGUCCCAAAGCCGAAGCUACUCGCCAGCACCUAAGCGAAAGCACUAUUCAAGGUCCCCGGCUCCUCGACCUCGGGAGAGAUCUUUGUCGCGUUCCCCAGCUGUCAACAGAUCAAGGAGUGCAAGCCCCAUUGUUAGCAGGUCUCCUCAUAGGCAGGGGUCUCUUUCUGUUAGCGAGUGAGGUAUCUCAGGGCUCUGUAUGACUAUCUUGUCGCUGUUAUGCUGAACCAUAUAUGUUUCAGAUUAUUUUUGUUAGCACCCUCGUGUGUACUCUAGGAUAUCUGAACGUCUACUAUGUAUUGGGUAUUUCCAAAAUCUCUGAUGAGUGAAGUGAGUUGUGAACCAAUGAACCUUGAAUCCUUGAUGUUCGACGUGCUGACCAGUGCGCAGGUGC